AUGUCCAACCCCGGUGUCGGCUUCCAGUACCCCCCGGUCCCCGUGACCUGGCUCAAGCGCGAUGCGCUCCUCUUCGCCAACUCGAUCGGCGCGACCGCGGACGAGCUGCACCUCCUCUAUGAGCUCCACCCCAACUUCCAGGUCUUCCCCACCUACCCCAUCAUCCUUCCCUUCAAGAGGGACACGCCUGAAGUGAUCGACUUCUACGCGAGCCAGCGCGCAGUCGCCAUCCCCGAUGUGCCAAAGUUCGACUCGCGCCGCGUCGUCGACGGCCAGCGCCACAUCAAGGUCUUCAAGCAGCUCCCUACUUCCUCGGAGGGGCGCAAGUUUGAGAUUCGCCAGACCGUUACCGGCGUGUGGGACAAGGGCAAGCCCGGCUCGGUCGUCGACACGCGCAGCGACAUUGUCGACGUUGAGACCGGCGACGUGUACGCUUCCAUCGACAGCUCGUCCUUCUUCGUCGGUCAGGGAGGGUGGGGCGGUCCCAAGGGCCCGUCAAACGCUGCCUUCCCCCCGCCCAAGGGCAAGGCUCCUGACACGACCUUCUCGGACCAGACGGACGCCAACACCGCCCUCCUGUACCGCCUGAACGGUGACUACAACCCGCUCCACGCCGACCCCGAGCCCGGAAAGAAGAUGGGCUUUGGCGACAAGACCAUUAUCCACGGCCUGUACAGCUGGAACGCCACUGCCCACGGCCUCCUCAAGGCGUUCGGUGGGAGCGACGCCACCAACUUGAAGGAGUACCAGUGCCGCUUUGCUUCGCCUGUCAUUCCCGGCGCGAAGGUGGUUACGUCGGCCUGGAAGACCGGCAAGUUCGACAAGGACGGGUUUGAGGAGAUCAUUUUCGAGUCCAAGGUCGAGGGCGGCAAGGUCUGCCUCUCGAAUGGCCGUGCACUCAUCCGCCCUGCGUCCAAGGCCAAGCUCUAG